UUUUGUUUCCCAACUCCGUUGUUUUAUCCAGUCUGCUUUCCACCGUCAUCCGUCAUCCAUUCUUUUAGAUCGUUCAUGCUCCGCGCGCCUAUAAUUCCGAAGUCACAGGUGAAAAAUCAAAGCUGCGACUGCAAUUUUCUCGUGCAAUAAUUUCGGAAAAUGCCUCAAUUGUGCAACAAAUAAUCCUCACAUAUUUUCUACGCAAGAAAUAUUGAAUGAAAAAUGUUUAGUGUUUAAUCAAAAUAUGUGUGCAAACAAUAAUCAAUUAUUAUAGAAAACUAAUAAAAAAGCGCUUCGGCCUUGUGGGCCAUCCACAAGGGAAGAAGAAUCUUUUAGACUGAACCAAAAACGGACAAUUGGAAUAUAAUAAUUAAUAAUUUUUAAAAUGUUUUACAACACAAUGGAACUGCAUCAACGACAUCUCUCCAAUUUUUACAAAUUGCAAAACUGAGAAACAAAAGUCUUUUUGAUACUAUAUAGAAUAUUUUGAUAAGAAAGGAAGGGAAGAAACUCCCCGCCCGCCACCAAAUCCAUUCAAAGUGGAUGCCCUGAUAAGUGCGGCAAAAGGUGACAGCAGUCAUGCCGAACAUGUCUAGCAUUAAGGCCGAGCAGCAGAGUGCCCCAAUGGGGGGCACGGGCAGCUAUCAACUGCCCGUGAAUAUGUGCACGAGCAGCAGCGCCACGACCACGACGACGACACCAUCACGUCACAAUGUGUCCGUGACGAACAUUAAAUGUGAACUGGAGGAGCUUCCCACGCCGAAUGGCAAUCUGGUGCCGGUCAUCGCCAACUACAAUCAUGGCAGCCUGAGGAUACCGCUCAGUGGGCAGCCGCACAACCAGCAGGACCAGGAGGAGUCCGAUUCCGAGGCGGAGCUCACGAAUAUCGAGAACCUAAAGGUGCGCCGGCGAGCGGCGGAUAAGAACGGACCACGGCCCAUGUCCUGGGAGGGAGAACUGAGCGAACCCGAGGAGAACGGCGUCAGCGCCGGGAGUGGAGGUGCAGAACUGAUGGAAACGGAGACGGUAAUCAAGAGUGAGGUGUGCGCCACAUCCACGCCCAUUCAGGCGGCGUCCACCACCUGCCCCACAAUGCAACCGAUCAAAACGGAGCUGGAUAACAUUGCCGGCGAGCUGCAGCAUCCGCGAAGCAACGCCUAUCCGGUGUCCAGCUGCAAUGGUCCCGCCAAACUGAAGCUGGCACCCACCCAGAGCGAUCCGAUCAAUCUCAAGUAUGAGCCCCCCCUGGGGGACAACAACUCCCCUCUGUUGACGACGCGCAACAAGUCGAACAGUGGGGGACACCUGCCGCUGCCCGCGAAUCCCAGUCCCGACUCUGCCAUACAUUCCGUCUACACCCACAGCUCACCAUCGCAGUCGCCGCUGACGUCGCGGCAUGCCCCGUACACGCCGUCGCUGAGUCGCAACAACAGCGACGCCUCGCACAGCAGUUGCUACAGCUACAGCUCGGAGUUUAGUCCGACCCACUCGCCGAUUCAGGCGCGGCAUGCCCCACCGGCCGGAUCCAUGUAUCCGGGCAGCGGAUCAGCGGGAGGAAACGGCGCAGGCAGCAGCUAUGGCAAUGGUGUGCAUCAUCAUGGCAUGCUCUACAGGCCGCUUAAAGUGGAGGCCUCCUCAACGGGCGGAUCGGUGGGUGGUGGUGGCUCCUGCAGCCAGGAGUCGGCACAAAAUCUCAGCAUGGACUCUGCCUCCAGUGCCAUGGAUCCGCUGGGAUCCGGCUCGUUGCCCGCCUCGCCGGCUGGCAUCUCCCGUCAACAGCUGAUCAACUCUCCGUGUCCGAUCUGUGGCGAUAAGAUCAGUGGCUUCCACUAUGGCAUCUUCUCCUGCGAGUCCUGCAAGGGUUUCUUCAAGCGCACCGUCCAGAAUCGCAAGAAUUAUGUGUGCGUUCGCGGUGGACCCUGCCAGGUGAGCAUUUCCACGCGGAAAAAGUGCCCCGCCUGUCGGUUCGAGAAGUGCCUGCAGAAGGGCAUGAAACUGGAGGCCAUACGCGAGGAUCGCACGCGUGGCGGUCGCUCCACCUAUCAAUGCUCCUACACGCUGCCCAAUUCAAUGUUGAGUCCCCUCUUAAGUCCGGAUCAAGCGGCGGCAGCCGCUGCGGCAGCUUCAUCGGUCAAUCAUCAGCACCAGCAUCAGCAUCAGCACCAGCAGCAUCAUCAGCAUCAACAGCAGAGACUACAGCAGCAGAUGAAUGGCUAUUCGGGUUCCACAUCCCUGCCAGCGAGUCCCAGUCUGGGUGGAGCAUCCAUCAAAACAGAGGAAAACGAUGCCAAGACGUUAAGAGCGAGCAGUAUUCCAACGCUAUUGCAGGAAAUCAUGGAUGUUGAACAUCUUUGGCAGUACACCGAUGCAGAGCUGGCCCGCAUCAAUCAGCCAUUGUCCGCCUUUGCCACUGGUGGCAGCUCCUCAUCAUCAUCUUCAUCGUCGGUGGCAUCAACGGCACCACACCAGAACCAUCAACAGCAGCAGCAGCAACAGCAUCAGCAGCAACAAUUGACCAAUCCACUGCUGGCCAGUGCUGGUCUGUCAUCCAAUGGGGAGAAUGCCAAUCCCGAUCUGAUUGCACAUCUCUGCAAUGUGGCCGAUCAUCGUCUCUAUAAGAUUGUCAAAUGGUGCAAGAGUCUUCCACUUUUCAAGAACAUUUCGAUUGAUGAUCAAAUUUGUCUGCUCAUCAAUUCGUGGUGCGAACUGUUGCUAUUCUCCUGCUGUUUUCGUUCGAUUGAUACGCCCGGCGAGAUAAAGAUGUCACAAGGCAGAAAGAUAACACUAUCACAGGCCAAAACGAAUGGUCUUCAGACCUGCAUCGAACGCAUGCUCAAUCUGACGGAUCAUUUAAGGCGCCUGCGCGUGGAUCGCUACGAAUAUGUUGCCAUGAAGGUGAUAGUGCUGCUGCAGUCAGAUACCACAGAGCUGCAUGAGGCGGUAAAAGUGCGUGAGUGCCAGGAGAAGGCGUUGCAGGGCCUGCAGGCCUACACGCUGGCCCACUAUCCGGAUACGCCCUCAAAGUUUGGUGAGCUGCUGCUGCGCAUACCCGACCUGCAGCGCACAUGUCAGCUGGGCAAAGAAAUGUUGACGAUCAAGACACGCGAUGGAGCUGAUUUCAAUUUGCUGAUGGAGCUACUGCGCGGAGAACAUUGACAAUUGUUGGCGGCGACAAAGUUUUACAUAUUUAGUAUUAGAUAUAUCUAUUGUAGGGUUAAGUGCUCUACCUAUAAGCUCUGAAAACAUGUGCCUAAAAAACCCAAAGCCACAACAGCAGUCGUUGCCGCAAACGGGGAUCCCCGAUCACGAUCCCUCCUCGAGCAUUGACCCAAAAACUAUGCGCAAAAUUGCCAAAAUUUUUAUACACGAAUUAUACAUAAGUAUGUACAUGUAUUUUGAUAUCUAUGAGGAAUGCCAUAUGCUUGGAGGGAAUAUCCGUAAUCGCCCCCGCGCGUGCAGCCCACCUGCUCGUUGCUGGCUUAUGAGUUUUCCAGUUAGAAGGAAAAAGAAAAUGGAUAAAAAGUAUAUAACGUUUUUCGCUGUAUAUGAAUGAAAUACAUAUAUACCGAUGACUUAUGUAUAGAGUAAACUAAAGCACACAAUGGAAAAUGAAAAGACUAAGAAAAUUUAUUUAAAAAAUUACCAUAAACAAAAACAACAACAAAAAGGCAGUAACAAAAAAUGCAAAAUCAAAUUUAAAUUUAAGUUUAAGCAGCUAGCUACUUUUUUUAUACAUACAUAAAAAACUUAUAUAAAACUAUUUAUAUAAAAGCCAAACCCAAUUUGGUUUGAUAGAAGAGCUGCUAGAAUUUUCGAUAAAUAUAUAUAUGUAGUAUAUGUAUACAUAUAUGUAUAUGUAUAAUCUUUGUAUGUAAACGAAGUCCAAAUGGGAUGUUCAAUUUUUAAAUGUUGUAGCAUUUAGUUAUAGUGCAAUUUCACACAUGUCUACUUAUAAACUAUAUAUAUAUUAUAGUUAUAUAUAUUUAGAUUAUGUCAUAAUCAUAUGUCUUUAGCCAGGUAUGGCCACAAAACUAUAUACAUACAUGAACACAGACAAAAGACCACUCGAAACAAUGCCAGGUAGGUUGUUCAGCUGCUGGCAACCAACAGACUAUUCCAGUGAUGCUAUAUGUUGCAUAAAAAAAACAACACACCCAAACCCAAGCCCCGACGUAACUACAUAAAUCAAAUUUAUAUUUUCCCAGAUUUUGCAUCAUAGUUUAUUUUAUUUUUCCAUUAUAGUUAUUAUUAUUAUUUGUGUAAUUUUUUACUUAAAUAGCUGAAGCAAAUCCUGCAACAGGAUUUAAAACAUUUUAAAAUCGAUACAAAAUAACUACAUUAAUUAAUUUUUUGCAUAUUUGUAUCUUUAGUUAGAUAGGUAUAUGUAUGUCUAGCCCCUUCCGGCAUAUGUAUGUACAUAUAUGUAUGUAUUUAUGUGUAUGUGUUUACGUGCGUGUGUGAAUGUUAAAUAUAAAAGUACUUCCAGACUCCCCCAGCCCACCAGCAAAAAAAAAACAAAAGAAGAUAGAGGAGAUACCAAUGUAAUUCCCAUUUAAAUUAAAUUCUGUAUAACCAGCUGAAAAUGAGAAAAUAGAGACACAAAAAUCCGUGAAAAUAUAUAAUUAAAAGUUAAGGGCAGAAGAAGGCUGAAAGGAAACUUGAAGAGAGGCAGAGAAUUAUAUUACAUCGUUUUCCAAUGAUUUUACAUUUUAAAUUAAUAUUUUACAUGAUUCUGAAACCUUUUAAAUGAUUUAUUUUAUUGUGUUGCAUACUUUAAAUAAUUUAUUGAGUUAGAAAAACUUUAUCUAAUUUUAAUGUAUUCCAAAACGUAAUUUUAUUUUUAACCAAAUCACGAUUAACUUAAAAAAGAUCCCAUGGACCGACCUCUGCCCUUUCUUCCUGCUGCUGACCGUAAAUGUAAACUAAAACUAAACAAAAUUGCAACAAAUAGUUAAAAAUGUUAAUUUAAUAACGAAAGAAAUGCUUCAACUAAAUAUCAAUACAAUGUUUACCCAUAGUUAAAUGCAAUUAUUU